UUUUUUUUAUCUUUUUUGUCCUUCUUUAUUCAUUCUCAAACUCAUCCUCAUCCAUUCUCUCUCUCUACCUUUACCCUUUCCUUACCAGCAACCGUAGAAUGAUCUCCUCAUCUGUCUCUCGUUUGGCUCUUGCCACUGGACGUCGCACUGUCCAGCGUGCUGCCACCCUUAUUCCUAUGACCAGGACUAUUGUCUCUCACAACACUGUUCGCGCUUCUUCCGCCACUCCAAGUGCGUCUCGCCAUAUCUUGGCUGCUUCCUCAGUCCAGAUCAAGUCCAACAUGGCUCGUUACUAUAGCUCCAAAUCAUACCCUACACACAUCACUAUCAACAUGCCGGCCCUCUCACCUACCAUGACCAUGGGGAACAUCGGAACAUGGCAAAAGAAGGUUGGAGAUGCUAUCGCCCCUGGUGAUGUGCUUGUAGAAAUUGAAACCGAUAAAGCCCAGAUGGACUUUGAAUGUCAGGAGGAAGGUUAUCUUGCAAAGAUUUUGGCUGAUUCUGGAUCCAAGGAGGUCAACAUCAAUCAACCCAUUGCUAUCAUGGUUGAGAACAAGGAAGAUGUAGAAAAGUUUGCUGACUUUACUGCUGCUGAUGCUGGUGGCUCUGCUUCUGCUUCUGCUUCUGGCACUACCAAGAAGGAAGAAGAGGCUCCAAAGAAGGAAGAGGCCCCAAAGAAGGAAGAGGCCCCCAAGGAGGAAGAAGCACCCAAGAAGUCUGAUACCACUAACGCUCCUCCUUCUCGCUCUGAUGCUGACCGCAUCUUUGCUAGUCCUAUUGCUAGAAAGAUCGCCAAUGAGAAGAAGAUUGAUUUGGGCGAGCUCUCCGGAACUGGACCCAAUGGCCGUAUUGUGAAGGCUGAUGUUGAGGGUUACACCCCUGCACCCAAGGCUGCCUCGGCCCCCGCUACUAAGGCAGCUCCUGCCCCUACUAGCGCUGGUUACACUGAUAUCCCAAUCACCAACAUGCGCAAGAUCAUUGCUCAGCGUUUGACAGAGUCCAAGCAGAAUGUUCCUCAUUACUACGUCACAGUUGAGAUGGAGAUGGACAAGGUCUUGAAGCUCCGCGAGGUCCUUAACAAGGCUUCGGAGGACAAGUACAAGUUGUCGGUCAACGACUUUAUUGUCAAGGCAUCGGCCCUUGCUCUCAAGGCCGUUCCCGAGGCCAACAGCUCGUGGCAGAAUGAUUCCAUCAGACAAUAUCACACUGCCGACAUCUGUGUUGCUACCUCGACUCCCUCUGGUUUGAUCACCCCCAUUGUUGCCAAUGCCGAAUCCAAGGGCUUGGCUGCCAUCUCUAACCAGGUCAAGGAUCUUGCCAGUCGCGCUCGCGCUGGCAAGCUUGCUCCUCACGAGUACCAGGGUGGUACAUUCACCAUUUCCAAUAUGGGCAUGUAUGGAGUCAAGCACUUCACUGCCAUCAUUAACCCUCCUCAGUCCUGCAUCUUGGCUAUUGGUGCCACGGAGAAGCGGGUCGUUCCUGGUGAGGAUGGUGAGGUCCGUACUGCCUCUAUUAUGGCUGUGACCUUGAGCUCCGAUCACCGCACUGUCGAUGGUGCCGUCGCAGCUCAGUUCUUGAAGGCUUUCAAGGGUUAUAUUGAGAAUCCACUCAAGAUGUUGUUGUAA